UGCAGUAGGCUGCACAGCCAUUCAGCCAAGCCAAUUAGCCAAAGCUGGGAUCCUUUGAAGAAAUUCAAGAAAGAAUUGCAAGAUGUCGAAGAGGACACUGCUCACCUAUUUUUCAAGCAGUAGCAGUAGUACUCCUCUAGAGACUAAUGAUAACACAAGACAACCAAAAAUGCCCAGAGUAGAGUUUCAAUGCGCGGAUAUUAUUAGUGAUCCUGGACUGCGCAAACCAAUUGAUGAUUAUCCAUCUGAGAUUAGAGAAGUUAAGAGGGCAUAUGUUUUGAGGGGUCCAACUCAACAAGCUCUUGGUUUUACAUAUCCUCAUAAAUGGCAAAGUGGUGAAUGGAGAUCUUUUCAGCACCAUUGGUUUGGGAAAUAUGAUUGGUUGGAGUAUAGUGAAGCAAAGGAUGCAGCAUUUUGCUUUUAUUGUUUAUCUUCUUUCAGCCGGGAAAGCCUGAAAAAUUUGAUAGUAAUGUCUUUGCAAAGAUUGGUUACGAGCAAUGGAAAAAGGCUUUGGAAAAAUUUGAUAAACAUGCUGCUUCUCAAUCUCAUUACAAUUCAAGGUUGAACUGUGAUGACUUUAUGAAUCAAAGGACAAGUGUGGCUAGAAAAUUUGAAAAGCACACUAUGGAGGAAGAAAAUCGAUACAAGAUUCGCUUAACACCUUCUAUAGAUGUUGCAAGAUUUCUCAUAAUGCAAGCUGAUGCUUUCCGUGGACAUGAUGAGUCAUCUACUUCCCUCAACAAGGGUACAUAUAGAGAGAUGAUUGAUUGGUACAAAGACAAGGUUGAAACAGUGAAAGAUGCAUAUAAUAAUGGGUAUAAAAAUUGUCAAAUGUUAUCGCCAGAUAUACAGAAGGAUAUUACAAAAGCUUGUGCAGAGGAAGUCACGGCCGUGAUUUUGGAUGAGAUUCAUGGUAGGAAAUUCUCAGUGCUUAUUGAUGAGUCUCGAGAUGUUUCUAUAAAGGAGCAAAUGGCUAUGAUUCUAAGGUUUGUAAAUGAUGAAGGAAAGGUGAUGGAAAGGUUUCUUGGACUAAAACACACUGAGAAAUGUACAUCGGUUGCAUUGAAAGAAGCUUUGCUCAGCAUGAUUUCUAGCCACAAGUUAAGCAUCUCUAAGCUUCGUGGGCAGGGUUAUGAUGGUGCUUCCAAUAUGAGAGGUGAAUUUAAUGGUGUCCAGAAAUUGAUUCGUGAUGAAAAUCCAUAUGCCUUCUAUGUGCAUUGCUUUGCCCAUCAAUUGCAAUUAGUGGUUGUCGCUGUUUCAACUUCAACUCCAGCUAUUGCAGAUUUUUUUAACUAUGUUCCUUUGAUAGUCAAUACGGUGGGUGCAUCAUGUAUGAGAAAGGAUGUAUUGCUCGCAAAACAUCAUGAUAAAUUGUUAGAAAAGGUAGAGAAUUGUGAGAUUGCCACUGGAAGAGGUUUGAACCAAAAAAAUAGUCUUGCUAGACCUGGAGAUACUAGAUGGGGCUCACAUCUUAAACAUUGCUUCGUAUUUUGAUAAUGUGGGAGGCUAUCUAGGAGGUGCUUGAGAUUUUGAAGAAAGAUUCCAUUAAACUAACAUGUAAUGGUGGUGCCUUUGGUUUAAUUGGUAAAAUAGAAACCUUUGAUUUUGUGUUCAUCCUGCAUUUGAUGAUAGAGUUAUUGAGCAUUACAGAUAAUCUGUCACGUGCUUUGCAAAGAAAGGAUCAAGAUAUUGUUGAAGCAAUGCAUUUGAUCAUGGGUGUGAAAGAACGCUUGCAGGAUACAAGAGACAAUGGAUGGGAGCCUUUAUUCAAAAGAGUGAAGUCCUUCUAUGAUAAAAAUCAGAUUAAAGUGCCAAAUAUGGAUAAGGAAGUCAAUGCUAGAGGGACAUCUGCACGUAGAAGGCAAAAGGUAACAAAUAUGCAUUUCUACCAUGUUGAGAUUUUUCUUGCGGCCAUCGAUGCCAUUUUGACAGAGAUGAAUCAUCGAUUUAGUGAUGUUAGUUCAGAGUUGUUAGUGUGCAUGGCCACACUUAACCCGAACUCCUCUAGCUUUGAUGUGGAUAGAUUAGUGAGACUAGCUGAAAUAUAUGCUGAAGAUUUCGAUGUCGGCCAUAUUUUGCUGUUACGAAGUGAACUUAAAGAAUUCCACGUCCGUGUUAGAAACAACAAAGAAUUUUUUGGAUGCACAGAACUUUCAAAGGUUGCUGAAAUUAUGGUCAAGACCAAAAUGAAUACAUCUUAUCCAUUGGUUUAUCGGCUCAUUGAACUAACACUGAUACUUCCGGUGGCAACUGCUUCAGUUGAGAGGGUCUUUUCAGCUGUCUCUUAUAAAGACAGAUUUGCACAACAAAAUGGGGGAUGAAUGGCUCAAUGAUUUGAUGAUAUGCUAUGUCGAGAAGGAAAUAUUUAGAAGCAUCACUAAUGAAAAAAAUCAUACAACAGUUUGAAGCCAUGAAAAAACGUCGUUGCUGCUAAUGAAGAAGCAUAAUGGAGUAGUGCUGUAAUGGAGAUCACAUCAUCUUUUGGUUUCAUAGUUUCAUAGUUUGGUAUGGAUAAAAAACCAGAUUUGUCUUUCUGCUCAAGAUUAACUGGUUAGUGCUCAUGAUUUUAGACUAAUAUAUUGUUGAUAGGGUAUGUUAAGGUUCUAAAAAAAUUUCCUUUAAACUUCA